UCAAGUUUUCCGCUUAAGAUAACUUCCUCAUUAGCAACGUUAGCUUCAGUGAACCACAGUCCAGCGUCGACUCUUCCUAGAGCUUCUCACCUUCUUUCAGUUUGUCUUCGGACCUCACAGAUGUCUAAACCUCCUCCUAAACCGGCUAAGCCAGGCCAAGUUAAGGUGUUCAGAGCGUUGUUCACCUUCGAUCCCAGAACACCAGAUGAGUUGUACUUUGAAGAAGGAGACAUUUUGUACAUCUCAGACACGAGCGACACUAAUUGGUGGAAGGGGACAUGUAGAGGGAGGACAGGACUAAUUCCUAGUAACUAUGUGGCCGAGCAGGCAGAAUCUAUUGAUAAUCCGAUGCAUGAAGCUGCAAAGCGAGGCAAUAUGAGCUGGCUGAGGGAAUGUCUGGAGAACAAGGUUGGAAUUAACGGGCUGGAUAAGGCGGGCAACACUGCCCUCUACUGGGGAUGCCACGGCGGGCAUAAAGAUGUGGUGGAGUUGUUGCUAACACAGCCUAAUGUGGAGCUCGACCAGCAGAAUAAACUUGGAGACACAGUGCUCCACGCUGCCGCCUGGAAGGGUUAUUCCGAUAUUGUGGAAAUGCUGCUUAACAAAAAUGCACGGACAGACAUCAGAAACAACGAGAGUAAACUUGCUCUCGAGAUGGCCACCAAUGCCCAGUGUGCUUCACUUCUCAAAAGGAAGCAGGGAAACGCCGUCAACCGCACACACAGCAACGCUGAAGAGUAUUUGGACGACGAGGACUCGGACUGAGCCAGCUUCCGGCUCAGUUGGACCAUCUUCACUGACUUCCAUUGGUUCUCUGGAGGUUGUGGAAACUUGAGUUUUGUAUUGUUUUUUGCAAGUCUAAAAUGGGUUACCUGUAACUCCGUUUUAAUUGAAAUGUUUUCUUCAAACACUUCAUUUCUUGGCCCUUCAGUUUCAACGCGCUUUGCUGAGCAUUUCCUCAUAUAGGAGCAUAAACAGCAAACACGGUGGGCUGAGGGGCAGGAUGUAUGUAGUGGAAGAGUUGUGACCAAAGCUUUUCAGAGACACAUUUUAAAACUUACAAAUUAUGUAUUUAUAAUGGAAAUUUAAAGUGCCAAUGCAGAUUCAAAGAUUUAUAUAACCUCUAUUUUGUUUCCAAGCUCUAAUUUUAUUCCUGAACUUCACACUAGACCAAAAUGAAUUAAACCGUUGCAGCUUCUUGCUCCAUUAAAACAUUGAUGAGCAAAAGAAAUGUGCAUUUAUCUUUUAGGCUUUCUGUUUAAAUAGUGGACUGUUUAGAAACCUAAAUUUAAAAUGUUACUAAUGUACAUUGAUAGGAUUAAUUGGGUAAGUCUUCGUGCAUGCUAAUAAUCAAAUAAAACUAGCCUGUUGUGUUUUUGCAACAUUUCCACCGGUGAUAGAGACCUGCUGUCAGUUCACUGUAGCUGCAGGACAUAUCUGAAACAGACGUUUCAGUUUCUCUCUAAUCUCUUCUGAAGCUUUUAAUGUUUGGUUUCCAUCCUGGGAGUAAAUUUCCAAUUUAUUGCUGCUUUUCUAUCUGAAUUUAACAAAGUGCCUUUUAAAUAUAUGCCACAGAAUAUUUGUCUUUGGUUGAGUGUAACUGUAAGCAUGUUUUUGUCUUCUGAGGAUGAUUGUGUUGUUUCACAUUUCUGCUAGCUUGAAACUGCAAUAAAGAUUUAAAGGUCCA